AUGCGCCGCAAUGGGGAAAAAGGAUUCUCAGCCAGUGUGGAAUGUUGCGGAUUGCAAGGGAGUUGUCUGAAACGGAAACGAGCUCCUUUUCUAUAUUUGAAGACGUCACCUGCGAAAGCCACGAGAAACCGACUUGGCGUCACAUCGAAGUGCAAACGGAGAUUUCAUGCGAUCAUGUGGCCCUUUCUACCGAAGUUUCGAUUUCUUCUUGGUGGAGAAGAGGAUUCGAAAGAGUGUCCCGAUCUGGUCUUCUGGCGUGCAGUUGCAACACAACGAGCAAGCGAGCUCGAUAAUAUACGGGAAGAGAUUAGGGAGAUCGAGUCGCUGACGUUAAAGAACAUCAUCGAAAAGCAAGCACUGGACAAGAAGCACGAUGAACUGUAUGGACAGUUACAGGAAAUUCUCGAAAACACGAACGAUGAAGAGGAUUCAAACACCGCCGAAGAAGAAGAGCACAACCGACGUUUACGAGUGGGACUCAAACAGUUCACGAGUUCCAAUACUAAUAGUCCGUCGAUAAAAGUUCUGAAUGCAAAGAAGGCUAAUGCGGUUCAGAAUCUCACCCCUGUGGCGGGAAAAGGCGACAUAAAGCGGAAAGUGACGCCUGCAGUUAUUGUUGAAGGCAAAGAAAACCAGGAAACGCAGGCGAAUGUUGAAGUCAAAGCCACUCACGCUCAGACUGAUGUUACGACAACUAAAGAAGCGCCUCCUAUUACUAAGGAGGACCUGUUAUGCGAAGAACCAACAUCUUCAUACUGGCGUGGUAUGGCAGAGAGACUAGAGAAGGAAAUCGAUAUUGAAUUAGAGAAUAGUUUUAAUAAGUCGCUCGAACUGGAUAGAUCAUAUGGAGAAUUGGAAGAAUCGAAAAAUCGUCUCAAGGUUCUCAUGGACGUCAUGGAUGACGUUCUUAACGAUGAUCAGAACGAAGAAGUAAACGACAAGGACGAGGAGAAAAAUGAGUGA